CCUGAUUUUGGCAUCCUGCGGAUGUUAGUUUCGAACAAUCUUCGAGAGAAAUAUCUAGAAAAUCAACUAAAUAAAAUAUACAUAGGUUAUGAGUCUCGAAGUAUAUUGUCAAGUAUUUAACGUCAUGGAAAAGUUCAUUGCUGAUACAUGUGCAACAAAUCACAUUAAGGACUGAGCAAAUCAUGAAAAAGCUAAAAACAUCUAAAAUAUUUUCGUAUUUUACGUUCUGCAGUUUGACUUUGUUUAUUCUUCCUUCGGAAUCCUUAAGGAUCGUUAGAUCUUCAACAAAUUUAUUUCAGUUUAUGAGCCAUGCAUUGGAUUCUGAAACAACAACUGAAAUUCCGAGUUUCUGCAUGCCACACCAAGAAGAAAAGACAAAUGAAGCUGUUACCAGAGAGAAACGGUCGGAACCCUACAAUGCUUCCUUGCCCAAUUCACAAAAUAGCCCAGAUUCUCUAGAUCUGUCGAAGUUUAGUGACGCCUUCCUGGAAUGCCAGCAUGUUGAGAUCGAACCAGAGUGUUACAUUAAACUCUCCAAUGGAUCGAUUAAAGUGCCGUUAUAUGACAGAGUCUUCGAUGAGAAUAAUUAUCUGAUAAGAGAUAAUGGGGAGCUACUAAUCUGUCCGGAGUUUUUCGAUGACUUCAGUGAUGAUUCUAAGUUCUCUAAGAUUCUGGACAUUUUUUCGAUUGUGGGAGUCUCCAUAUCUUCCAUUUGCAUCACCCUACAUAUUAUUAUGUUCUUGUCCUUAAAAAAACUCAGAAAUCUUCCUGGAUAUUGCCUAUUCUCCCUCUGCAAAGCUCUGUUGUUGGCCUACAUCUGUUCCUUUACUACUUUUGGAUUACCGAACAGGAAUGACUGUACUGCCGUUGGAAUGCUAAUGCUUUACGCUUUCUUGGCAUCGUUUUUCUGGAUGAACGCUAUGUCUUUUGAUGUUUGGCGAUCAUUGAGAAUGGCAACCGCCAAGUUAAGACUUGUAAGAGACAGACCGAUGCUUAUGCGGUACGCUUUGUACUGUGCGUACUCAUGGGGAGUACCUUUACUGAUAAUCGUCGUCUCAUUGAUAGUGAACCAUUUGAAUACUGAUUACAGAUAUAAUUUGAUAUUCAAUAUAAACACUUGCUGGUUCCAUUACAAGCCAGCUCUUUUGGUGUAUUUUGGGGCGCCGUUUUUCAUUUUGUUGUUCUUCAAUAUCCUGCUGUUUAUUCACAGCUUUAUCAUGAUAACCAGUGCUAGUAUGAAUACUGCGGAAAAUAAAGCCGCCCUCUGGUCGAGGUUUCUAGUUUCCAUGCGACUAGCCAUAGUCAUGGGCUUAACGUGGAUUUGUGGAAUUAUUGCCACAACUUCAAGAGUCACCGCAUUCUGGUACAUAUACACUAUUCUGAACACUCUGCAGGGAGUGUUUAUCUUUUUAUGCUUUUCUUUUACUGAUAAAACUAUAAAAGAAUGCAAAAGAGUUGUCGGAAAAAAGAAGAGUUCUUUGUUUCCAUCACAAACUUCUACAACAAGAGGACAAACGUCGUCAGAGCAACACGAUUCGCCAAUUUAAAUCCACAAUUUUUUUUAGAACAUUUGGUAUCAAAGCCAGGACAAUUAGUCUUCAUGAAAAUUUACAAGAUGUGCACGUAAAUAACAAAUACAGUUUCGAGAACGUACCUACUGCGGUCACAUAAUCUAGUGCUAAAGGGUCACGACUAAAUAUUUCUCCACUCGUUAAAUAGAUCGAAAACAUCACGUACGGACCCGGUCUUCUGCGAAAGAAGAAAAAAUUUUAAUGCAUCUCGCAAAAACUCUCAAUCGAAAAAGAAACAACAUGUAGCAAGUUAUUUCAAAUUAAGAUUUUGAAAAAAAAUUGCAUAAUGGCUUUUCAGGGCUUCCAUGAAACUAAAAAUCACUAGCACCGCAAUGUUAUCUCAAAAUGUAAAGAAAAAAAAUUCAAAUCAGUCAAAUAUAGAAAAUGUGAACUAAUUUGGGAUUGUAACACGUUAAUAGCAAAAAAUAAAUUAAAAUCCAGUUGUUUUGAUAA